ACAUAACUCCAAUCAUCUCAAGGGAAAUAAUCUGCUUAUCAGCGUCAUGGCAGAGUGUGUCGGAUGUUUAUUUGCUGUUUAGGUAUUACACAAUGAAAUGUGCUGCACUGAAAUAUAAUCUUCAUCUCAACCCCAAAUAUGAUUCCCACACUGACUCUCAGACAUCACAUUCAGUGUAUACACCAGUUAAAAACUGUUUAUAAAUGGACAACUUCUCUCCAACUCUAUCAUGUUUACACCAGAACUACAGCAAAAAGGUUGCCAUUUUCAUGUUCAUCUCAGUUCCUUACCAGUGUCUGUUAUAAUGGACAAUACAAGCAGGUGGUAGUACCAGGUGAGGGGCCAUCUUCUGUACAGAUAUUGGAAGAAACUAGGUCUCUUAUUCAAGACAAUAAUUUUGAUGCUUUGCAUGAAACUCUUAAAGUCCUACCGAAGCAGAUUUAUUCUGAACUUCACACAGUUCCCUGGCUUCACUACCAUAAUCAACCAAUUGCUAUGAUGCAACUGCUUCUCAACAAUAAAUCUGACCUUUAUUUAGGUCCUAUUAGGAAAGAUCCUGCUUUUAUAAACAUCCUUCAAUUUAUUGACCAGAACCUCGAACAGAUUCCUGAUCAACAUAUUCCAGGUUAUUUCCAUAGUUUUCUUUUCCUCGGCACUGACUGCACUUCACCCAUCAUACAUAAACUUUUGUAUCGUUUGCAAAAUUCAAAAGAAAAUUUGAAUCUAAAUGAUACUGCUCUUAUUUGUGAAGCCCUUCGAAUAUUUCCCCGUGGGGACUUCAAAGUAUGGAGUCGGGUUUUGAAGUGUCUUGACAUCAUAUUGAAAGAGACUGAUAUCUCUUCUCCUGAUUUCGAUGUUUAUGACCUCAGUCGAACUGUCACCAAUAUCCGACACAUAUCUACAUCUGAAAAAUUGAACACUGUUUUGAAUCUUACCCACCAAGUAGUCCUCAACAAUGGUGAAAACUUAAAUAUCCUCCAGCUUGGCGCUUGUCUCAGGAUGUACAGACACCUCUCGUUUCUAGCGUCACCUUAUUAUAGGGAGGGGAACAAAGAGAAUGCCAGUCAUAUUGUUGACUUAUUAAUACCAAAGUUGCCUAUGUUAACCUGUGCAAACUUUGCUGAUGUUUGUCAUGUGAUGAAAGUGAUGGGCAUCUACGAUGAGUCAACCAGCAGGAAGUUCCAGAAGCAAGCACUCAAGAUUCUUCAUUCAGAGACCCUUAAAAUUAGUGAACUCGUCAACUUAUGUUAUGCUUUCAAUUACAUGUUAAUGCAUAACGACCGUUAUAAAGUCGAAUCUGCACUGUAUAAAGACCUUAGUGAUGCUGAUGUCUUGUUGCUAAGCAACAUAGCAGACAUCUUAAUAGAUAUAAAAUGCAACAACAGUGAUCUAAUUAUAUAUUAUUUUGAAAUGAUUAAACAACACAUUGAUAAUCUUAAAAAUUAUGUGACAAGAUUCUUCAAAGUAUUUAGAUUUGUGAACAGGAAUCAAAUUAACCAUCAAGAUAGCUUUCUCUUCCGGGAGAUACUCAACCUACUCAAUUCCCAACAAGGACUCAGUGUUUGGACUAUAAGUACUCUUUCUUCUUUUCUCCUUCCCCAAUGUAAACCUGUCAUCCCAGAAUUAUUAAUGAACAAACUGCUCGCUAUUAUACCACAGAGUGGCAUAAAUGAUAUAGCACUAAUCCUGUCAGGAAUCAACAAGAUGAAACGACCCUGGGUUCGCCAAAUGUAUCAACAGGUGCUGCAACUACAGACAGCUCUAUAUCAGAAUGUAGAGGGCCGAUUAGAUGAGGUUCAGAACAUUGAUGUCCUCAUUCAGAUGGUACAAGUGUUAUAUGUGAAGAAUGAGAUAAAGGAAACAAUGUUAUUGGAAAAUUUAAUGAAGAGAAUAACAGACUUCAUGGAUUCUUUCAAUCCUAAACAGUUCCGUUACGUUUAUAACCUCUUAUUCCAGGUGAAGUACAUCCAGCCUGAUGUCCUAAACAAAAUGACUGAAUAUUUACUGAACCAUGAAGACACAGUUAACUUCUCUGAUUUCAGUAAUUUUGUCCAUGUUAUUUCUUACCUGGGAUUCCAUCCUAAACUAUUUGAUGAAUUUGAAAGUUUAUGUGAAAGACAACUAGAGAGGCACAUCAUGAAAGCAGAUUUACCUAGACAACUGAAGUUUACCAAUGAUCUGUGCAAAUUACAGAUUUUUAUCGACGGGUGGCUCUCAAAGUUAUUCUCAUAUGAAUUCAUUGAAAAAAUUGAUGAAUAUAUUGGUUCACAUCCUCAAAGUCAACAGAAUAUCAAGAUGAGUCUCAUGCUACUAAACCGUUGUGUUGUCUUAGAAUGCCCACAUCUUGAUAUCCCUUGGUUCCAUGAAGAAUUUUGUCAAAAGACUAUGAGUAGAGAUAAAUAUAAUGAAUCCUGGAUUCACCAUGAAAUAGAAUCAGCUUUGAAAGAGGCUCUUGGCAGUUCAAAGUUUUACAGAGCUUCAGCAUUUACUCCUUAUUUCUUUGUACUUGAUUUUGAAUGUCUUCUAGAUGCUGAUAAGAAACCAGUCAGUAUCUCUCUUGCCAAUGAACUACAUAUCCAAGAAGAAGGGUACCAGAAGGUUGCAAUUUGUAUCCAGUUGGAGAAAUACUUUUCUGUAAACAGCCGCAAUCUACUUGGCUCACAUCAGAUGAAACAAAGACAACUGGAAAUUCUUGGUUAUAAAACUGUUGAGAUUCCCUUUUUUGAUUGGAACUCAAUGGCAUUGUCAGACUGGCCAGAAAAAGUUGGGUAUCUCAGCAAAAAGAUAUUCAGAUGACCUUCACUACAAAUUUAGAUAUUUCAAUAAAGUUGCUUCCUUGAAACAAAAAA